GGCUUCUUGGAUUCUAAUAAGGGCUUGAGCCGCCGCUCUCGGAAACCCUCACAUGCGCACCCCCUCCUUUUCCACGAAAUCUUUUCUCGUCCAUCCACACGCGUCCUUCACAACCAACCACACGAUCUAAGAUCCCAACGCUCUGCACAGUUGAGAUUGAGUCGAAAGAUUUGAUUCCUCGCCGAACAACAACAAUCCUGCCGCUGAAUUGCCUGCCGGACUUUCCCAUCUCUCCAGCUGCACUGCAGAUUGGUCAAUUCAGCCGCCUCAUACUCGGCACCAUUCACUGUGCCCAUCCCCCAGAUUGCCAGUGCGGUUUGCUGCAUACCCGCUGCAACUCGAACAAUACACACACAAAAGGCAAGAGAAACAAGACUGCGGACUCAGUUCCCAAUCUUGUCAAUUCCCCCCCCAAUUUCCAUCUUCUUUUUGAUUUUCCUCAUCUUGCGUUGGGGAUUUUUCGCCGCUGCGCACCACCCACAGGCGUUUCGGCACUGCGGACGGCACCCUUACAGGCACCUCGGACCUCCGACAGCGCCGUACCACCGCUACAGUACCAAGUCAGGUGCCCACCUUGAGGAAAAAAAACUGGCCCACCCCCCCCAGAACCGGCCACAACCAUGUCCACCUUGCAUCCUGCGCCUAACAACAACGGCUCUUCGCCUGCCAAACCAUCGACUGGUCGCCCUCAACGCCAGCAACUAGCCUCGCGAUCCAAGGCAUCAUCGUCGGCUGCCUCUACUACUGCCGCUACUCAACAGAGAGUGCCGCUUCCCACAGCUGCUGCCCCUCCGGUCAAGGCCGCCGCCGUCGCCACUCUCGCUCAACGAAGUCUUCCUCAGCUUUCCAUGCCCCCGGCUGGCGCCGCCAACAUGAACGUCGCCAUCAGCCCUGCUACUCCGGGGGAGAUGCCCAAGAUCUCCAUGACAUCCAAGGAAUGGAUCAUCCCACCUCGCCCAAAGCCCGGCAGAAAGCCCGCCACGGAUACCCCGCCUACUAAGCGGAAGGCCCAGAACCGCGCCGCCCAGCGAGCUUUCCGCGAGCGUCGUGCGGCCCGUGUUGGAGAGCUCGAAGAACAGCUGGACCUGCAAAAGGAAGAUUUUGAUGUCAAGGAAAUCGACUUUAAGGAAAAGAUUCGCAGUCUGGAGCUCGAUCUCCAGUCGUUCCGAUCACGAUGCAUGCUGCUGGAAAACAUGCUGGAUAGAGAACGGCAAGAGCGCAUCCGUACAGAAACCGAAGCAGAGACGUUGAGACAACGCUUGAAGGAUCUUCAGUUUCGUCACCAAAGCAUAUCCAGCCAACAUGGAAUGAGCCAGCCGCGAGACAGCUUCUCUAGCAACCGCCUGCCACAGCCUCGCCCGAGCAAAGAGUUGUCUAUUUCAAAUAUUGUGGCACCAAUUGAGUCACAAAUGCCAAUUGCUGGCCAGGAAUCGACAGAUGAGCACAUUACUUGUGGUGGUUGCUCACCUUCAUCUCGAUGUGCCUGUGCGGAGCAGGUGUUGUCGACUACUGGUGAUUGCGCCAAGUGUGGUUUUGGCGUGGCCUGUGAAUGCUUGGACGAUAUGGCCCGCAGUACAUUUCAGAGCAUUGCAUUGAAGAGGCCAUCAUCUCCCUCUAGUUCCCGAUCAUUGGAGAAGAGAAGAAGAGAAACUGAGACGGAAGUGGACUUUACAGCCAUGUUUUCUCGCAAGCCGACUGCUGCUGCUGAAACAAGCAGCCAGGCUAGCUCAAUGCCUCCAUCAGCCGUGUUGUCUGAUCUUUCCGCUCUGGAUGCCGCAGCAUUUAAGGAGAGCUGUGGGUUUUGUAAGGACGGAACCUACUGCGCCUGCGCUGAUGCGGCCAUGGCCACGCCAGCCAUGACACCACCAGAGACUCUUGUGGCUGUUCCUCGCCAGGUGGAAACUCCUCCACCUUCUGAAUCCGAUGUUAUGCUAUCGCCAUUCAUUAUGGAAAUGACGGCCGACGGCGCAGUCAAGCUUCCCCCUCGCAAGAAGACUGCCCGUGUAAGUGUCGCCGUCGACGCUGCCAAACCCGGCGGCUGUGGUGCCAAUGGCCCCGGUACCUGUGCUCAGUGCCAGGCAGACCCUAAAUCGGGUCUGUUCUGUCGUCUCAUGUCUGCCAAAUUCUCUGGCGAAGGCGGUGCCGGUGGAGGCUGCUGUGGUGGCAAGGGUGGUGCUGGAGGCGGUUGCUGCAAGAGCAAGAAGCCUGUCCCUGUUGAAGAGAAGAUUACACUGCCCAGCCUUCCCAGCCUGGGAUUGACCUGCGCCGAAGCCUACCAGACGCUGUCUAGCCAUCGCAACUUUGACAAAGCUGCCGAUGACAUCGGUUCAUGGCUCCCCAAGCUCAAGGCCGCCCAGCGCGGACCUAGCCGAGCCGCUAAGCAGGGACGCAUGGCAAUCGAGGUUGAAGCUGCAAGCAUUAUGAGCGUCUUGAAGGAGUUUGAUAUCCGAUUUGGCCGCGAAUGUUAAAGUGCGAGGGCUAAAUUGCCACAUGAUUUAAUGUAUUAUAUGGGAUUAUUAAAAGGAACGGCAUGGAAUUUAUGAUUGUAUGGAAAUCUGUAUAUAAACUCAAUUCAAACAGACAGUCAUCUGUUUUUUUAUUCUUUUUACAACACAAGCUGUUAUUUGGACUCGCUUUGAAUAAGACUCAAUUGCAAGAUUUUAUUCUCUUGAACCCCCUCAAAAUCACUACGAGUAAUCACGCAAUGAUUGACAUAGAACUCGGAUGAAUUAGCGAGACCCAGACGCUGCAACUCUAUUGAUUCAGGUGAAAACUAUAGCCUGUGGAUGCCGGCAAGCCUCGCCGCCAAGACGGCGCAUGUCUGAGAUUUGACUGGCUGAACCGUUUUGGUGCACGACUCGAGAACCACCACAGCGACUGGCGGGAAGACCAGCCAGCGCAUCAGCACCAACGGAUUCAGCAGUAAGGGGUAAAAAAAAAUUAUGUAGUAGUACAAGCGAAGAUGCAGUGGUGGUGUACAUGUGCAUUAAAGUUUUGAAUACAUCAAUUGCAACGCCACGCUUUGUAUUCAUGUGUGUGCAUUGUAUCAUUCAUUCAAUGCUGUAUAAUACAAUGGAAGAGACAAUGGGCAGAGAGCAGCCUUCCUGCAUUGCUAUUACGGAA